AUGCUUGCAGACAGCCCAACAGGCAUAUUUGCUUUAGGACCAGGGGCGUAUGCUGUGGUCAAUGUCGUUCAAUCUUGUUUUCAUUUUUUUUUAAGUACAAGCAAUAGUCUAAACUACAGAGAUGAAGAUUUCACAUACACACGCACAACCUCUGAUCUUCGACCGAUGAUCCGGAACGCAGUGGUUAGAGAUGAGUUAGUGAGGGAUGCAGAUAGACUUGCUUCUCGCUUAGCAGACAAGGUAGCCAAGACUUUUGAGUUCAGUUUGACAGGAGCUUCAUCUUGGUCUUGUAAAUAUGUCCUGAACACUCUUAUGCAGAUAUUUCAAAAUAAUUACUAA